GACGUCACAAAAAUCUAUUUUUAGAAUAUUUUAGUUUGGAUCCCAUAACCUGAAAGGGCAUCAUGAAAUACCUCUAAAUGCGCAAAAUCAGGCAAGUGUGUUACGAAUUGGCAGAGAUAUGGCCACAUGUCUAUGAGCCAAAAUAACAGUGAUUCGUUAGCAAACUUCAAAUCUUUCAUUAGCCAUAUCUCUGCCAAUUCGUACCGAUUUUAGACAUAUUUGGCCAAUUUUGCGUAAUUGAAAGUAUUUCAUGGUGAUCUUUUACGCUAUGUGGUUUAAAUUCAAAAAUUCUAAAAAUAGGUUUUUGAUGACGUCACACUUUAGAACUCUAUUGUGCUCAAGGGGAGAGUUCAGGCCUCAUUUGCCAACAAAGUGAGUGAGCCAUUUUUAUUUGCCAACAAGUUUUAAAAUUCGCCGAAAGAACACCCAAAGCUGGAACUUUCUAACUGGGUUUCACAACUUUGUUUGAAUUAGAUUUUACACACCUCAUCAGCCUCAUUUUGUUCUUAAUAAGGCUGAUCUCAUGCGUUUCAUGUAUGUUUAACUUCUUCUUUGCUGGCAUCAGUUUGAAAAUGAAAAGUUUUCCGUCACGUUAUUUUCUUUUGUCCGUUUUCAACCUUAUUUGAUCCAAGGUACAAUUUUUUCAUAACAACAAAUCACGAGACACCCUACCAAAAGACAAUGUUAAAAAAUGAAACUCUGUCGCCUACACUCACAAUAAAUAUUUGUUCUCAUCGAAGUGUCUUGAAUAAGACUUUAUUCACUCAGUGUGAGAUAUGGGCCUUUUUAGAUGAAAACAGAGUCGAUUUCCUGGCAGGAAUGGAAGAAAGGCGCCAUUUUUUCAUUUUUUCAAUUUUUCAGACCAAUUAGUUGAAUUUGGAUAAUUUUCCAAGGCACACCCGACAAUAACUCAUGGCAGUGACCACACACUAGUGUGCCGCGGUGCAGUGGUUGAAAAACGCUGCUUUGUAGCAACAGGGAACGCCAAUUUUAUUAGUAGGACACGCUCAUGACCAGCAUUCGGUUAGUAGGAAGCUUAAAAUCAUAGAAUCACACCACAAAUAAUACUUUGACAAAAUUUUACCGCCCUUCUCAUUCUUAAGAUUUUCUCUUCUAACUUAGACGAAAUACACGAAAGCUUUGGGGGGGGGGCGUGUCUCCCAAUGCUCCCAUAGCGCUGCCAUUGCUUCUAAGAAUGAGAUGAGAGAAUUGUUAUAAUGCGUUAUAAUACAUUUUUUUCUAUUCUUCUUUAAAGAUGUAUGUUUCUAUUUGUAUAACAAUCAACCUAUGAUUUAACAUAUCCUACUGUAUCCUUGGAUUGCAUUACCCUGGGCACCAGACUCAUAUUAUAUUUUAUGUAUAGUGAGUCUGGUACCCAGGGUAGGAUUACAUAUACCCGGGGGGGGCUUAUUUAUUUUUUUCAGUCCUAGAGGGGGGACUUAAAAGAGAAAGGGGCUUAUUAGAGAGGGGGUAUCAUUGAUAAUUCAAUGUAAAAAAUGUUAUAAAAAUGCUGUUAUUCAUUUUUUGUUAGGAAAAUGUCACCUGCAUUGCAGGACAUCACAUGACGAUUGCAUCAUAAUUUGUCACUAAAGCAAAUAAAUAGAGGCUCAUACGGAAUGGCAGAUGAAGACAAUGAGAAAAUGAACUACGAAGAAGAAUAUAUACCAUCAACAGAAAUUCCAAGACCCGGUUUGUCAGUCUUGACAUGUGCACUAUUCAUAGUUGGUGAGAUGGCAGGAAGUGGAGUUUUAGCCUUGCCGAAAGCAUUGGAAAAUGGCGGCUGGUCAGCAGUUGUUUUGCUAGUCGUCUGCUGUUUUGUCUCCCUGUAUUGUGGCAUUAUGCUGAGCAGAUGCUGGACCAUUCUGCGUAACAAGAAGGAAAUUUACCAGUCCUACUCACGUGACCCUUACCCAUCCAUUGGUUAUGAGUGUUAUGGAAGAGUUGGACGUGGCAUUGUGGAAACUUGCCUGCUCAUCACACUGUUUGGUGUUUGUGUUGUUUUUCUUUUACUGGCAGCACAGAAUGUAGCAAGUUUGGUCGACAGAAAAAUUGGUGUCUUUACAACAGAAAAAGAAGAGGCAAGGGCAUGGUUGCUUAUAAUAAGUAGCAUCCUGCUUCCUUUUACGUUCCUUGGAACGCCAAAGGACAUGUGGCCUUUUGCUCUGAUGGCAACGAUCAGUACAUCGGUUGCUUGUCUCUUGAUCAUAGUCAAAUCGUUAUGGGACUGGCCUACAGAUAUCAGUCAAGUUACAACUACUGACGUCACUGUAGAGUCAUUUUUCACUUCGUUUGGUACCAUAGCUUUUUCUUUCGGAGGGGCUACUUUGUUCCCGUCUUUUCAAGCCGAUAUGAAGGAACCGAAGAAGUUUCCCAAGGCAGCAAUGUCCGCCUUUCUGGUUGUCCUUUUGAUGUAUGCACCAACUUGCAUUCUUUCGUUUGUGGUUUAUGGUUCAUCAUUGCAAUCCAAUGUUCUGCAGACCAUCAAAAACCAUGGUGAUACUGGUGCCAUCAAGAAUCUUGGAACUGCUGCUGAAGUUUUAAUCACAGGCCAUCUCUUAUUUUCCUUUGUUAUCACUCUGAACCCAAUCUCUCAACAAGUUGAAGAAUACCUCAAAUGGCCACACAAAUUCGGAUUCAAAAGGUGUUUCAUUCGAUCAUUGCUCCUCCUAUUGGUUCUUGGUGUCGCAGAGGCUAUACCAAAAUUUGGUGUUAUAUUGUCCCUGAUUGGUGGUUCAACUGUCACAAUGAUGGCUUUUAUACUACCUUGCGUAUUCUACUUAAAACUGAACCAGCGCACACCAUUUUACAUCAAAGUACUUCACGCAGAGAUUAUCGCGGUAGCGCUGGUUAGCGGUGGUGCUGCAACAUAUUCUGCCAUUAUUAGUAUCAAAAACACUUUCGUAAAUUGAAAUCUAUAAACCUAUGAGACAAGCGUAGUUACUAGAAACAUAGAAAUCGUUACGAUCCCUAAAAUUACAUCACAACGAAUAGCAAAUGGUAUCUGGCUAUCAACACAAAAUAUACUUAGCCCACACACCAUACAUUUCUUUUUCAACUGUCGUUCACGGGAUUUUAGGGCGAGGUUGUUAGCUUUAUUUUUUGUGCAGCGAGCAAAUUCAAAGUGAUGCUGUUGGCUAGUAUAGUUUUUUACAAGAAUGGUACCUUUGGCGAGACCAAUCUCUACCAAAAACUUUCCAUUUACUUGUUUAUUUUCAACAAAAAAGGGUUGCCAGGAUGAAUUUCUUGCAUUUAUAAGAGCCAAAUAUUAUUAAAGCAACGAUAUUGUCAAAUAUGUUAUCCUUGGCUGGACCAAAAUUGCAAAAACGUAUACCUUUGCCUGCUGCACAUCCUCAGGUACUUUUACUAUAGACGAACCCUCUCUCCUCCGUCCUGUCGUUGUUGUCAUUGUCGCAGACUUAUAAGGUCGUACCACCGGGUAAUUCGGACUUGUACUUAGUCGAACAGAAUCUAAUUUACCAUUAGAUUCGUCUACCUGAGUCAAAUCGAGAGCCGUGUCCGGUAUGUGUCGGAGAUUCGCCAUGUCCGACAAUUACCUUGACCCCUUAAAGAUCCGACUUAACUGGAUUCAAUUUUAUUUUGACCACAUAUUCAAAAAGAGUAUCUUAGAAUACCGCCAACAUUGCGAAACCAGUUAAAUGUGUUUCAGAUCGGCUGAGAUUUGGCCACACAAGUAUAGGCUCUUCCCCCAACGAAUCAGUGUAAUAUGGUCUCUGUUCAUAACUUUUGAACUAAGCCCAAAUGAUAGUUAUCUUUAAGCAAAUUUUAAAAUGUUGAUUGGUAGUAUCACACUUGUUUUUGAAAUGUUUAACUGAUUUAACAUGCAUAUUUAGUAGUAGUUCAUGAUGUUAUUUUAUACUAAGAGGUCAAAAGACAUAGUUCUAAAAACAUUUUAUGACGUCACACUUCAACUCUAUUGCUAAGAAGCUUAAGUACUCAAAUUUGCUGACGUCAGAGGGUAGGAAGAGGUCCAGCUUUGGGUCUUACGGUGAUUUUUUGUGUGUUUAUAAUAAUUGCUAUCAAUAAAUUUUUGACACUAAAUUUUAUGAAACUAGAAACACUUAUCAAUUAACAUCUCUUAAAAUGAUUUUUAUGCGUUAAUCGGUCAAACUAAAAUUGAGCAAAAUUACCUUGUAAAUUAAUAGCCCUCUCAACCAGUCCCUAGCAAUUCUUUAAUGCCCCCGACCUCCCCCCCCCCAAGUCUGUGUCUAUGGUUAUUGUCUUGAUUUCAUCAAAUCUUUUAAAAGAGACCUUGCCUAGGUAAGAUCCUCAAAUACAGUUAUGUUUGCGUAAAUUGAGCUUUUUUCUUAAUUCUUGUUAAGUUUGAUUCAUUUAUAUAGAGAACCUAAA